AAAACAAACACCACUGUAAACUGGGCAAGAUCUGGUUAAUAACACUAGAUUAGAAUUAUGACGAGGAGAGAAAAAAAUAACCGCUGAAGAAAGCAGCGACAAACUAUUCUCUUGAAAGCCAAACGGAGGACUCAAUUGAAAGCACCAGCAUUACAACUGUUCACUCCUAAAGAAACAAAACACCGACGCUCCGAGGAAAGAGUUCCGCUUUCGUCUUCCGUCAUCUCACUGACCUUACGUCACUUCCGCCCCGCCGUCCCAAGAUUGGCUCCACGGAGCCGGAUGCGAGGGCGGGCAAUCUUUCCCCGUUGCCGCAGUGACAGGACCAGAGCGCUCUCGGAGCGGGGAAAUGGCGGCGGCAUCAUCGUCGUCGCGUCGCUCGCAGCAGCAUCAUCAUCAUCACCCCGCUCACCCUCCAAGUCAUCACUCAGUCCAGGCGCCCGUGUCUCCGCCUCGCAGCCCCAACCUUUCCCCCACGGGAGUUUCCUCUCAGCAGCGGCCCACUCUGGCCGGAGUUGAGGGCGAGGCCCCCGCCAACAGCGGCCGGGAAGGGACGGCGGGAACGGAGAGGCCUUUUUCUCCAGAGAGCGCCUGCGAAAGCUCCGGGCCUCCGCCGCCGCCGGGCUCCGGGGCCAGCAGCGCCGCCACCACCAGCAGCAGCAGCAGCAGCUCCGGUUCUUCGUCUUCCUCCUCUGCCGCCUCCAGCCCGGCUGCUCCCGACAGCCCCGACCCGCCCCCUCCGCCGUUGCAGCCCCUUCCUCCCCCCGUGGGAAGCGGCGCUUUCCGGGAGCUGCUCGAGGCCUGCCGCAAUGGGGACGUAACCCGGGUCAGGCGCUUGGUGGAUGCUACCAACGUCAACGCCAAAGACAUGGCCGGCCGGAAAUCCACCCCUUUACAUUUCGCGGCAGGUUUUGGAAGAAAGGAUGUUGUGGAACACUUGUUACAAACAGGAGCUAACGUCCAUGCUCGUGAUGAUGGUGGACUGAUACCUCUUCACAAUGCCUGUUCCUUUGGCCAUGCUGAGGUAGUUAGCCUCUUGCUGUGUCAAGGAGCAGAACCAAAUGCCAGAGACAACUGGAACUAUACCCCUCUUCAUGAAGCUGCAAUCAAAGGGAAGAUAGAUGUGUGUAUUGUACUGCUGCAACAUGGAGCUGAUCCAAAUAUUCGGAAUACAGAUGGAAAAUCAGCUUUAGAUCUUGCAGAUCCUUCUGCAAAAGCUGUACUUACUGGUGAAUACAAGAAGGACGAACUCUUGGAAGCUGCUAGGAGUGGCAAUGAAGAAAAACUAAUGGCUUUGUUGACACCUUUAAAUGUGAAUUGUCAUGCAAGUGAUGGGCGGAAAUCUACCCCAUUACAUUUGGCUGCAGGAUAUAACAGAGUUCGUAUAGUCCAGCUUUUACUUCAGCAUGGUGCUGAUGUCCAUGCAAAAGAUAAAGGUGGACUUGUGCCGCUACACAAUGCAUGUUCCUAUGGACAUUAUGAAGUUACAGAAUUGCUCUUGAAGCAUGGAGCCUGUGUUAAUGCAAUGGAUCUCUGGCAAUUUACUCCAUUACAUGAAGCCGCUUCCAAGAAUCGCGUGGAAGUUUGUUCUCUGUUACUGAGCCAUGGUGCAGAUCCAACAUUGGUCAACUGUCAUGGCAAGAGUGCUGUUGAUAUGGCACCGACACCUGAGCUCAAAGAGAGGCUCACCUAUGAAUUCAAAGGACAUUCCUUAUUACAAGCAGCAAGGGAAGCUGAUUUAGCCAAAGUCAAGAAAACACUUGCCUUGGAGGUCAUUAAUUUUAAGCAGCCACAAUCUCAUGAGACAGCACUGCACUGUGCUGUGUCUUCUCUUCACCCUAAACGGAAACAAGUAACUGAAUUACUGCUUCGGAAAGGAGCCAAUGUCAAUGAAAAAAACAAGGAUUUCAUGACUCCUUUGCAUGUGGCUGCUGAACGAGCACACAAUGAUGUUAUGGAAGUUCUUCAUAAGCAUGGAGCAAAGAUGAAUGCAUUGGACACACUUGGACAGACUCCUUUGCACAGGGCUGCUUUGGCAGGUCACUUGCAGACAUGUCGCCUCCUGUUGAAUUACGGUUCCGACCCCUCCAUCAUCUCCUUACAAGGUUUCACAGCAGCACAAAUGGGCAAUGAAGCAGUGCAGCAAAUACUGAAUGAAAAUACUCCAGUACAUACUUCUGAUAUAGAUUAUAGACUGUUGGAAGCAUCUAAAGCUGGAGAUUUAGAAACUGUAAAGCAACUUUGCAGUCCUCAGAAUGUGAAUUGUAGAGAUCUGGAGGGACGUCAUUCAACCCCCUUGCACUUCGCUGCAGGUUAUAAUCGAGUUUCAGUAGUUGAAUACUUGCUUCAUCAUGGAGCAGAUGUACAUGCAAAGGAUAAAGGUGGAUUAGUACCUCUACAUAACGCUUGUUCAUAUGGACACUAUGAAGUUGCAGAGUUAUUAGUGCGACAUGGGGCCUCUGUCAACGUUGCUGAUUUAUGGAAGUUUACACCGCUACAUGAAGCAGCAGCAAAGGGAAAAUAUGAAAUCUGCAAACUCCUCCUCAAACAUGGAGCAGAUCCUACCAAAAAGAACAGAGAUGGCAACACCCCUCUGGAUUUGGUGAAAGAGGGAGAUACUGAUAUCCAGGACCUGCUGCGAGGUGACGCUGCCCUGCUGGAUGCUGCUAAAAAGGGCUGCCUGGCACGAGUUCAGAAAUUAUGCUCUCCGGAAAACAUCAAUUGUCGCGAUACCCAGGGCCGAAACUCCACCCCAUUACAUCUUGCUGCUGGCUAUAAUAAUUUGGAAGUUGCUGAGUAUCUUUUAGAACACGGUGCUGAUGUUAACGCUCAAGACAAGGGAGGAUUAAUUCCACUACAUAAUGCGGCAUCCUACGGGCAUGUGGAUAUAGCUGCUCUAUUGAUUAAGUAUAAUACCUGUGUAAAUGCUACAGAUAAAUGGGCGUUCACGCCAUUGCAUGAAGCAGCACAAAAAGGAAGGACACAACUCUGCGCUCUACUUCUAGCUCAUGGAGCAGAUCCAACAAUGAAGAACCAAGAAGGCCAAACCCCUUUGGAUCUUGCCACAGCGGAUGAUAUCAGAGCCCUGCUUAUUGAUGCAAUGCCUCCUGAAGCCUUGCCAACAUGCUUUAAACCUCAGGCCACUGUUGUUAGUGCCUCUAUCAUUUCGCCAGCAUCCACUCCAUCUUGUUUGUCUGCUGCCAGCAGUAUAGAUAACCUUGCAGGACCUCUGGCUGAAAUUGCAGUGGCGGGCCCAUCUAAUGCUGGAGAUGGAGCAACAGGAACAGAGAGGAAAGAAGGAGAAGUUGUUGGUCUUGACAUGAAUAUCAGCCAGUUCUUGAAAAGCUUGGGUCUGGAGCAUCUCCGGGAUAUAUUUGAAACAGAACAGAUUACCUUGGAUGUACUAGCAGAUAUGGGCCAUGAGGAGCUGAAAGAAAUUGGCAUCAAUGCCUAUGGGCAUCGUCAUAAGUUAAUAAAAGGUGUAGAGAGGCUUCUAGGUGGGCAACAGGGCACCAAUCCUUAUCUGACUUUUCACUGUGUCAGCCAAGGGACAAUUCUUAUAGAUCUUGCUCCUGAUGAUAAAGAAUACCAAUCUGUAGAAGAGGAGAUGCAGAGCACCAUCAGAGAACAUAGAGAUGGUGGUAAUGCUGGGGGGAUCUUCAACAGAUAUAAUGUCAUUAGGAUUCAAAAGGUUGUGAAUAAAAAGCUACGGGAGAGAUUUUGUCAUCGUCAGAAAGAAGUCUCGGAAGAAAACCAUAACCAUCACAAUGAACGCAUGUUGUUUCAUGGAUCUCCUUUUAUUAAUGCUAUUAUUCACAAAGGAUUUGAUGAAAGGCAUGCAUACAUUGGAGGGAUGUUUGGAGCUGGGAUUUACUUUGCAGAAAAUUCCUCUAAAAGUAACCAAUACGUAUAUGGAAUUGGAGGAGGCACAGGCUGUCCUACACACAAAGACAGGUCCUGCUAUAUCUGUCACAGACAAAUGCUUUUUUGCCGUGUGACAUUGGGAAAGUCCUUCCUGCAGUUUAGCACCAUGAAAAUGGCCCACGCUCCUCCCGGACAUCACUCUGUAAUUGGCAGGCCAAGUGUCAAUGGGCUCGCCUAUGCUGAAUAUGUCAUCUAUAGAGGGGAACAGGCUUACCCUGAGUACCUCAUUACGUACCAAAUUGUAAAGCCAGAUACUCCCUCACAGACAGCAGUGGCUGCGGAACAGAAGACCUAGUAGAUGCUGGUUCAUUGAAGUAGAUUACGUGACUUACGGACUGGAUGGUUGAGAUUAGUUUCAGAACAUCAAAAUUAUAUGGAAUUCUCAUCAUUCUGGAACUGCUUUAUGUGUUUUAUAAAGCAUUGUUCUGUAAAUGAAUCUGAGUAACUGAUAUGUACUCAACUGCUACUAUUCCUUUUGAGGAAAUGUUUACAAAGAUUUGCCUUUUAACAUCCUAUCUCAGGCUCACUUUCCCUGCAGUUGCCAUGUUUGUAAUGAGAGCAUCACUGCUUCAAUGUGGAUAUAUGGAAAUGUAAACUCUAGUGCUGUGCUACAACUCUUUUGAAAGGACAGCAGCAACAGCUGUAGUGACGUGCAGAGCCUUUAUUGAACCCAUACCAUACUCUCAACAUUCAUUUUUUUCCUUUUCAGAAGUCUUUAGUCAGUUAUUUAUUUGCAUUUUAUUCUUCUGUUACAAAAAUGAGCCAGACCCUCCUCGAGGAUAUUUUUGCACAAAGUCAAGUUGACUAAAAUCACUUAACAAUGCAAUAGGAAUUUCUUAUCCAAGAAGAUGUUCGAGAUAUAGUUCUUUGGUCUGGGAUUCUUUUUGCACUUUUUAUGAAUUCUUUCAUGUUACUAGGAACAUAAUUUUAAGAUAGAAGUCCCGCUUUUUCCCUAUCAAGUUUCUCGUCCUUUAUAAGAUGUUCAUACUAGCAUCCAUGUAGCAGCUUCUUUGGAAAAUGGUCUCUGUUCCUCUGUUUUGCUUUCUCGUUGCUUUAUCUUGUCUAAUAUUCCAGUAGCACAGUUUGGAUAUGUCUGAUAAAAUGCAUAGGAAACAUUUGUUGGAUGAAACUGAAUAGAGAGAGGUUCCUGUUUUCUCUCUGCCCUUCCUAGGUGAAGUUGUAAGCAAGUUAGUGAAAUUCCUCAAGGAAUUGGGUGUCUUUUGUGGGUAUUCGUUCUGGUUUUUAAAAAUAUUUUCAUCAGAUAAUGAACAGCAAGGGAGCAGAGGUGUGAGCCAGAAGCCUAGUCCAGUUCUCACAUGUGUGUGUAAACUCCAAAAGGACCAUUUUUUCCACAAAGGGCCUAUUAGAGUAUAAAAGUUAACUGUAAAGCUUGCUUGAGGUCCUUUUUCCUUCCAUAGGAAUAUUAUGGUAUUCCUUAUAUUAUGUCUGGAUUCAUUCAUAGGUUGAACUCCAUGCAAAUAUCUUCCAACACCUUAUCCCCAGUAGACUAAUUAGACCAGUUAGGCUGGUUAUAUCAAGGAGUUUAUAUAUACAAAUAUAUAUAUUUGUAUUAUUGCAGAAGACUGCUACUUAGUUUCUAAUUGAUGUCUAUCCAUUAAAUUCAUCCUCCCAGAUUUUCUUCAUGGUGAAUCCACUUACAUAUCAUCGUCAUCAUCAUUAAUAUAAUAUCAAUACCAAUGAAAACAAUCUCCCUGCCCCUCCCCCAAACAUCAUUUUUAAAAAUUCAAUGACUUUCAGGGAAAAACAAGUAGUAGUAGAGAUCUAUAAGUAGAAUAUAUAAUGGAGAGAGACUGCAAUAUUGCUUUGCAAAUCUUUGGUAAUUAAAACUGCCAAAGAAAGUUUGCUUAUAAUAUAAUUCUUCAGUGGAAGUUUUUUAUUCCUUAAAAGUAACAGUAUUGUAUUAUGAAAUCUACUGGCAUCUGCUUGGAAAUGGGCAACAGCUGAUGAACAAAGCCACUACCAAAAAUCUUCCUCCAAAGACAUUUCUAAUAUAUAUUAGAAAAAUGCAUCUAAUACGUAUUAGAUUAAUGUACAGUUUACAAGAAAAAUCAUGUAAACAUUUGUCAGAUUCAGCACUUGAUCCAGGAGACAAAACAAGGUAACUUGCUGUGAAUCUUUCAGUUUUGUUUCUGUUGUUUGAGGUCACUCAAUCUGCCUGGAUUUCUUGGCACGUGAUGACAUAAGGCCCAAGCUCAUCAAGAUCAUUUACCUGUAAAAUAAAUAUCUACGUUUGGAAAGGAUCCAGAUGAUGAACAUUCACUCAGAAAUGUUUUUAAGCACAGCUCUGGACAAAGUGCUAACUAUGGUUGAGUUGCAAAUAGAUGUGAAAAAUCUACAUUUUGACAACUUUACAUGGAUAUGAAUUAGGACUUGGCUGUUUUUCACAUUUAAUCCAAAUGGUUAACAAAUGGAUGUGGAAGUAAGAGAAAAUAUUGAUUCUGUGGUUGUCUUUUUCCUCCAGUGCGAUGGUUAACCUAAUGGGUAAUUUAAAUCCUAAAUUUUGAGAAUCUCACAUUGCUCCUGUUUUGUAACAUGUUUUGUGUAGACUAAAAGGUGCUGUCCAAGGAAUUCCAUUGUGUCUUGUAGUAAUGUGAUUUCUGUUAUUCCUUUUUGAUCAGACUUUGAAAAAUAUACAUGCACUCAAGUCUUCUGAGAUCUAAAGGCCUAAUAAGGGGCAUCCUAAAAAAUAAUUGCAAACGUAGCAUUUAAUGUCAUUCAUUGUAACAUAACAGUUAAUGUUCCCACAUACAGAGGUUGAGGAUUGCUGCAAAGGACUUGUACACUUGACUCUGAAAUAUAUUUCUUUGGGAUAAGACUUAAACUAAUAUAUGCAGUAGAUUAUCUCUCAAUAUGUUCUGAAUAGAAAACCUGAUAAGUGCUUUGGUCAUAUGUACGCACAGUCUUCAAAAUAACAAAAGUGGUGUUAGCCUUAAAUAAAUUACAUUUGGGGCUUCCUUCAACC